UAGCAAUUAACUAAAUUAGCUUGCUAGCCUAAUACAAAUCGCAUGGUGCUGAUUUAGAAGCUAGCAAGCUUAGCUAGCAAGUUCUAUCCCCCCAUGGCAUAUGCUUUUACGCCCUACUGACUUGAAUUCCUUUGAGGAGGAGGGUUGGCUGAUUACGUCUGUAUGGUGUGCAGAACCUAUGUGCAGCUAGCUAGCUAGCUAGUUAAAAGCAAUGAGCUGGCUGUCAUGCUGAAGCAAGGCAUGGGACCCUGCUGCUGGAGUUAGCUGACACCCUGGAGGAAAGACAACCCGCCUUGUUGUGAUCGGAUUCUGAAAUGCUGUGGUUAAGAAGAGCAGCUCGCAGCAGCGUCUCUAGUCGAGUCAACCCGCACUGAAAAGAAAGAGUCCCCUCCCAUAUGGAUGUGUGUAACCCCAACCCCAACCGUACGGCCCCAGUGAGUGAGGCUGGGCCCCGGCGGGACCGGCCUCUGUGCUCCAGGACCAACGGGUGGAGCUGGCCUCCUCACCCCUUCCAGCUGCUGGCAUGGCUCCUCUACCUCUUCUAUGCUGUCACCGGGUUUGGAGUGUUCGUCCCCCUGCUUCCCUCCCACUGGAUCCCUGCUGGCUACAUCUGCACGGGCAUCAUGUUUGCGUGUCACCUGUUUGUCCACCUGAUGGCUGUUUCCAUCGACCCCGCGGACUACAACGUCAGGGCCAAGAGCUACCACGGCCCCGUGCCCGAGUUCGACCGCACGAAACAUGCACACGUCAUCGAGAACUGCCACUGCUACCUCUGUGAAGUAGACGUGUGAGUCUGACUUUAACUCUCUUCGUAAAGCCUCACAGAGAAAUGUUUUC